AUGAUUAGUGACAAAGAAACAUAUGAGGAAGCGAUCCAGUCACUAAACAACAUCUAUGUGCAACCCAAUAACGAGGUCUUCGCAAGGCACAAGUUAGCCACGUGCAGACAAGAACAGGGUCAAAGCGUUGACGCCUUUCUUCAAAAACUCCGCAGUCUAUCCAAGGAUUGCAACUUCAAAGCCGUGACAGCUGAGCAACAUCGUGACGAGUCCAUACGCGAUGCAUUCAUAACAGGUAUUGCCUCCAACAGCAUUAGAAAACGUCUCCUUGAGAAAACAGAUUUAAAGUUAAAGGAUGCAUUUGAGGAAGCCAGAGUACUUGAACACGCCUAUCAACAUUCGUUAUUGUACGAGUCACAGUCAGAAACCACUAGUGGGGCUACUACAAAUGCUGUAAGAGAACACCCUGCUGAUCCUGUCGCUCCCCAGUUGCCUGAUCUACGAGCCUCGAUUGAUUCGACUCAAACAAGACAAGAGGUAAGCACUAUAUCUAUCAAGUGUUACUUCUGUGGCAGAGGAAGACAUCCUCGUAAUGAGUGCCCCGCACGUGAAGCCACAUGUAAUCAGUGUGGCAAGAAGGGACAUUUUCAGAGAUCUUGCAAAUCAAGAAAAUCUACAGCAUUCGCCCUCGCUACGUUACACUCUUUGGGACUAGGCAAAUCAACCUCCUUGAUUCUUCUCAAUGGGGUGCCACUUAAAGCCUUGAUAGACACUGGAAGCUGUGAGAGUUACGUGUCAGCUCGAGUUGCCAGGAAUCACAAAUGGCCGAUAAAAACCUCCGUGGACAGAAUAUUUAUGGCUUCUAUUCACCUGUCUCGAGUUACUGAAGGCCAUAUCUUUGCUACCAUUCAACUCAAAGAUGAAACAUAUGAAAAUAUUAAACUGUCACUCUUAGAUGGAUUGUGUUCAGAUGUUAUUCUAGGUUUGGAUUUCAUAAGCCUACACGAGAAUCUACAGAUUCCCUUUAGUGGGAAGAGACCACCUCUGUGCGUAAGUACCCUUAGACCAGCCAAAGUAGAGGCGCCUAGUCUUUUUGGUAACUUAUCUCCAAACUGCACCCCAGUGGCAACUAAGUCACGCAGACACUCACUACUGGACUCUAAGUUUAUUAAUGCUGAGAUUCAGAGACUACUCAAAGAAGAACCAGACGAUCAACAGAUUUACGCUGCUAGACGCCUAUCCCAUGCCAAGAAUGGAUGA